UGAUGAGGUGCUACUAUUGCAAAGGGAAAAAGAAUAGCGAUUGCACGAAGACCGAAACAUGUAAACAGGACGAAAAGUCCUGUGAAACCAAGAUCAAACGGAAUGGAGCUGACAUCGAGAAGAAAUGCAAGAAAACAAAAGACUGUAAGCCUAAAUGUGACAAGAAAGAUAAGGACUGUACGCUGUGUUGUACUGGAGACUUGUGUAACAAGGACCAAGGUUAUGCCGAGUUCAAGAAUUGGGGUGCGUGGUCAUCUUGUAGCAAAGCGUGUGGAGGAGGCAAGCGAAGCAGGAGCAGAGAGUGUUCAUCGACGGGUGACAUUCCAUGCUCUGACGAUACUACAGAAGAGGAAGACUGUAACACAAAUGCCUGCGCUACAAACGUGAUGAGAUGCUACUAUUGCAAAGGGAAAAAGAAUAGCGAUUGCACGAAGACCGAAACAUGUAAACAGGACGAACAGUCCUGUGAAACUAAGAUCAAACGGAAUGGAGCUGACAUCGAGAAGAAAUGCAAGAAAACAAAAGACUGUAAGUCUAAAUGUGACAAGAAAGAUAAGGACUGUACCCUGUGUUGUACUGGAGACUUGUGUAACAAGGACCAAGGUUAUGCCGAGUUCAAGAAUUGGGGUGCAUGGUCAUCCUGUAGCAAAGCGUGUGGAGGAGGCAAGCGAAGCAGGAACAGAGAGUGUUCAUCGACGGGUGACAUUCCAUGUUCUGACGAUACUACAGAAGAGGAAGACUGUAACACAAGUGCCUGCGCUACAAACGUGAUGAGAUGCUACUAUUGCAAAGGGAAAAAGAAUAGCGAUUGCACGAAGACCGAAACAUGUAAACAGGACGAACUGUCCUGUGAAACCAAGAUCAAACGGAAUGGAGCUGACAUCGAGAAGAAAUGCAAGAAAACAAAAGACUGUAAGCCUAAAUGUGACAAGAAAGAUAAGGACUGUACCCUGUGUUGUACUGGAGACUUGUGUAACAAGGACCAAGGUUAUGCCGAGUUCAAGAAUUGGGGUGCAUGGUCAUCCUGUAGCAAAGCGUGUGGAGGAGGCAAGCGAAGCAGGAGCAGAGAGUGUUCAUCGACGGGUGACAUUCCAUGCUCUGACGAUACUACAGAAGAGGAAGACUGUAACACAAAUGCCUGCGCUACAAACGUGAUGAGAUGCUACUAUUGCAAAGGGAAAAAGAAUAGCGAUUGCACGAAGACCGAAACAUGUAAACGGGACGAACAGUCCUGUGAAACUAAGAUCAAACGGAAUGGAACUGACAUCGAGAAGAAAUGCAAGAAGACAAAAGACUGUAAGCCUAAAUGUGACAAGAAAGAUAAGGACUGUACCCUGUGUUGUACUGGAGACUUGUGUAACAAGGACCAAGGUUAUGCCGAGUUCAAGAAUUGGGGUGCAUGGUCAUCUUGUAGCAAAGCGUGUGGAGGAGGCAAGCGAAGCAGGAGCAGAGAGUGUUCAUCGACGGGUGACAUUCCAUGCUCUGACGAUACUACAGAAGAGGAAGACUGUAACACAAAUGCCUGCGCUACAAACGUGAUGAGAUGCUACUAUUGCAAAGGGAAAAAGAAUAGCGAUUGCACGAAGACCGAAACAUGUAAACGGGACGAACAGUCCUGUGAAACCAAGAUCAAACGGAAUGGAGCUGACAUUGAGAAGAAAUGCAAGAAGACAAAAGACUGUAAGCCUAAAUGUGACAAGAAAGAUAAGGACUGUACCCUGUGUUGUACUGGAGACUUGUGUAACAAGGACCAAGGUUAUGCCGAGUUCAAGAAUUGGGGUGCAUGGUCAUCUUGUAGCAAAGCGUGUGGAGGAGGCAAGCGAAGCAGGAGCAGAGAGUGUUCAUCGACGGGUGACAUUCCAUGCUCUGACGAUACUACAGAAGAGGAAGACUGUAACACAAAUGCCUGCGCUACAAACGUGAUGAGAUGCUACUAUUGCAAAGGGAAAAAGAAUAGCGAUUGCACGAAGACCGAAACAUGUAAACGGGACGAACAGUCCUGUGAAACUAAGAUCAAACGGAAUGGAGCUGACAUCGAGAAGAAAUGCAAGAAGACAAAAGACUGUAAGCCUAAAUGUGACAAGAAAGAUAAGGACUGUACCCUGUGUUGUACUGGAGACUUGUGUAACAAGGACCAAGGUUAUGCCGAGUUCAAGAAUUGGGGUGCAUGGUCAUCUUGUAGCAAAGCGUGUGGAGGAGGCAAGCGAAGCAGGAGCAGAGAGUGUUCAUCGACGGGUGACAUUCCAUGCUCUGACGAUACUACAGAAGAGGAAGACUGUAACACAAAUGCCUGCGCUACAAACGUGAUGAGAUGCUACUAUUGCAAAGGGAAAAAGAAUAGCGAUUGCACGAAGACCGAAACAUGUAAACGGGACGAACAGUCCUGUGAAACUAAGAUCAAACGGAAUGGAGCUGACAUCGAGAAGAAAUGCAAGAAGACAAAAGACUGUAAGCCUAAAUGUGACAAGAAAGAUAAGGACUGUACCCUGUGUUGUACUGGAGACUUGUGUAACAAGGACCAAGGUUAUGCCGAGUUCAAGAAUUGGGGUGCAUGGUCAUCUUGUAGCAAAGCGUGUGGAGGAGGCAAGCGAAGCAGGAACAGAGAGUGUUCAUCGACGGGUGACAUUCCAUGCUCUGACGAUACUACAGAAGAGGAAGACUGUAACACAAAUGCCUGCGCUACAAACGUGAUGAGAUGCUUCUAUUGCAAAGGGAAAAAGAAUAGCGAUUGCACGAAGACCGAAACAUGUAAACGGGACGAACAGUCCUGUGAAACUAAAAUCAAACGGAAUGGAGCUGACAUCGAGAAGAAAUGCAAGAAGACAAAAGACUGUAAGCCUAAAUGUGACAAGAAAGAUAAGGACUGCACUUUGUGUUGUACUGGAGACUUGUGUAACAAGGACCAAGGUUAUGCUGAGUUCAAGAACUGGGGUGCUUGGUCAACUUGUAGCAAAGCGUGUGGAGGAGGCAAGCGAAGCAGGAGCAGAGAGUGUGCAUCAACGGGUGACAUUCCAUGCUCUGACGAUACUACAGAAGAGGAAGACUGUAACACAAAGGCCUGCUCUAAUAACAAGCUGAAAUGUUUUUCAUGCAGUCUUUCAAGUUCGAAUAAAGAAUGUAACAAGCAAAGAGGAUCGCUUACAUGUCAGGCUGGCCAGAACAAAUGUGGGGUUAUGGUGGAUCGAAAGACAAAGAAAACUCUAAAAACGUGUGCGUCCGCAUGUACUCCAAGAUGUGAUUCUAAUACCUGUACCUUCUGUUGCAAUACUCCAAACUGUAAUGAAGAAUAUGGCACAUACAGUUUGUGGUCAAACUGGAAACAAGAGACUGUGAAGAAUGUAGAAAAACUCAAAAGGAUGCGCACAUGUACAUCAGGGGAAUGUUCGGGUGAUGUGGAAGAAACUAAGGAUUGUACUCCAUCACUUUGUUCAACAAGCACAGCACCACCGGUAACGAAACCAACACAGUUUGGUUGUUAUACAUGCAGUAACGCCAAAUCCAAUGAAGAGUGUAAUACUAAAGGAAGGUUUGUAACCUGCGGAGGAGGUCAGAAUAUCUGUGGAACUCGUAUCGAUAAAAAAUCAAAAAAGAUUAUAAAAGUCUGUACUGCGGUUUGCAACUCAUAUUGUGACAAAAGAGCGUGCAUAUACUGUUGCAACACCCCAGGUUGCAACGAGAAAUAUGGUUCAUUUGGUCCAUGGACAUCGUGGGUUCAAGAAUCAUCAAACAAUGUUGAUAUACUAGCUCGGAACAGGUCAUGCCUAGGUGAAAUGUGUUCAGAGAAAAGUAGAGAAACUAAACCUUGCACACCUGGCCUUUGUAAAGCUGCUGGACAAAAAUGCCAUGUAUGUGGGAAUGGAAAAAAGAAUAGUGACUGCACAAAGAUUGAGACUUGCAAAUCCGACGAAGAGUCCUGUGAAACUCGCGUGUAUAAGAAAGAAACCAAGAUAACUAAAAAAUGCGUAAAAACGAAGAGUUGCAAGACAAAAUGUAAUCCUAGCGAUGAUUCCUGUGUCAAAUGCUGCACAGGAUCGCUCUGUAACAAGGAUGAUGGAUAUUCAGAAUGGAGCAAAUGGGGACCAUGGACUGUAUGCAGCAAACAGUGCGGAGGAGGACUCAUGAAAAGGAAGAGGGACUGCUCCUCCACCGACAUGCCUUGCCCAGGGUCACCUGAGGAGGAGAAGGAUUGUAACACACAGGCAUGUGCUGCUCCCACUACCUCAGCGCCUGUUACUGCCACCUGGAAUCCAGCACAGCAUGGAUGUUUCGUAUGCAGCCACGAGAAGAACAACAAGAAAUGUAAUAAAAAAGGAAUCCAGGCUUGUCCUAAAGGUCAACAGCUGUGUGGUACUAGGGUUGAUAAAAAAUCAAAGACUGUCAUGAAAGCAUGCACACCAUCCUGUAAGCCCGGCUGUAACUCUAAUGCAUGUACUUUCUGCUGCUCGUCUGCUGGUUGUAAUGAGGAGUUUGGCACUUACAGCCCCUGGUCAUCUUGGAAAGAAAAGACCAACAAAGGGAAAAAACACCUUGAACGAACGCGAAAUUGUACAAGCGAGGAGUGCUCUGAAGAUACCACUGAGACCAAACCAUGCACUCCAUUGCUGUGUUCUGGAUAUACUCAAAGGUGUUACGUGUGUAAGAAAGGAAAGAAAAACAGCGACUGUUCUACAAUAGAAACAUGCAAAAAGGAUGAAGAUACUUGUGAAACUCGAGUGGAGAAGGAUAAGACAGAAAUAACAAAGAAAUGCGCGAAAGAAAAAAGCUGCAAAGCAUCAUGUGAUCCAAAAGAUAAAUUCUGUGUUACCUGUUGCAAGGGGUCACUUUGCAAUGAAAAUGAAGGUUAUGGAGCAUAUGAUACGUGGAGCUUGUGGACUUCCUGUAGUAAACGAUGCGGAGGUGGUAAGCAGAGUAGGUCAAGGACGUGUUCUUCUACCACAAUGCCCUGCGAUGGACCAGCAUCUGAGGAAAGAGGAUGCAAUACGGCCGCCUGCGCACAAUCUUCACAAUGCCAACGUUGUAACAAUGUAAAAAAUAAUGGAGAAUGUAACAAACAGAAGAUAGAGAUUUGUUCAGCUGAUCAGUCUUGUGAAACGAAAGUUGAUCGUCGAACAAAAGCUUUGACCAAGAAAUGCACACCCACAUCAUCGUGUAUAUCACUUUGUCACGGAAACUCCGCCAUUUGUACUUUCUGUUGCCAAGGAGAUAACUGUAACGAAGAAUAUGGCGAGUGGGUGCCAUGGAGUGCAUGGUCAUUAAAGAAUGGCAAGAAGACAAGAACCCGCACGUGCGCUACGUUAGAAUGCUCCGGGGAAGGCGAGGAAGAGGAAGCGUGUACAGGGUCCUCUUGUACAGGUGUACAAAACUUCCAGUGUAGAAGCUGCACAAACGCCCUUACUAAUGCUGAAUGCCGAUUCGGAAGCUUAGUAACAUGUCCUGCUGACCAACAGGCUUGUAAAACCACUGUUGUGAGAGGAAGUGGUCAAAUUUCAAAAAGCUGCUCAGCGCCAUCUUCCUGUUCCACUUCCUGUACAGCCGGAAGUCAGACAUGUACAUUUUGUUGCACGGGAUCCAAGUGUAAUGAAGAAUAUGGUACUUGGGGACUAUGGGCCCCCUGGUCGGUUACUGGUAAUAAGGGAAGUAUGAUGACCCGGUCACGGACUUGCACAUCCAUCGAGUGUUCUGGAGGAGGCAUUGAGACAAUACCUUGUUCUGGGCCAAUUUGCCAGCAAUUUAGAUGUCAGAGUUGUAACAAUGCAACAUCAAAUGAAGCAUGCAAUAAAAAUGGUUUCCAGACAUGUUCUUCUAACGAUGAUACAUGUGGAACAACAGUAGUAAGAGCGACAAAACGCGUCACCAAGGGCUGCAAGCCGAAGGGCGGAUGUAAACCGUGGUGUGACGCCAUUUCCUGUACCUUCUGUUGUAACAGUGCAUACUGCAAUGACGUGUAUGGUGUAUGGCAGCUGUGGACCUCUUGGAAGGUGGUUCAAGUGAACAAUGUUUACAAGAGACAGAGAACAAGGGACUGUGCUUCCACUGAGUGUGCCGGGGACCCCGUGGAGGAAGAACCGUGCACAGGCACCCUCUGUGCAGGCGGCGUUCAGUCCCCAGUAGACGGUGGAUUUACAGACUGGGCUGCUUGGUCCUCUUGUUCGAAAACGUGCGGGGGUGGAACCUCUGAAAGAGUAAGAUCUUGCUCCCAGCCGACUCCAGCACAUGGUGGCAAGAACUGUACCGGAGAUUCUUCAGAAUCCAGAGAUUGCAAUACCCAAGCUUGUGCCGUGGAUGGAAGUUGGGGAACUUGGGGACCAUGGGCCUUGUGUUCGAAGACUUGCGGGGGCGGAAAACAACACCGUGAGAGGAAGUGUGACUCACCCGCACCUGCGCAUGGAGGCACCAACUGCACCGGAAACAUAAUGCAGCUAGACGACUGCAAUACCAUUCUUUGUCCCUUACCGUCUUCAGGGAAAUAUAUCAAUAAAUGUCCCCCUGGUUGGUUUACUUGCAAGAGCGGUGGCAUUACUUGCAUCGAUGCAUCCUUCAAGUGCGACUGCGCCAACGACUGCGAUGACGGAAGUGACGAAGAGAUUUCUUAUGCAGAGUGUAAAAUAUCCCAAAUAGCAAACUGUAAAAGUGGUUCGGGUCAUGUGAAGAAGUCAUGGUGGAUACUGUUGAUAACUAUUACACUUGGGGUAUUCCUUGGACCAUCUCUGUUAUCUUGAGGUUGACCAAAGUAACAUUUUUUUCGGAAAUAAACUCAAAAGCCCAAUGGACAAUACACUUGUGCAUAUCUUUCGACUAUCUCUUCAUAUCAAACCGGGGGUAAAAGUCCUUCUCAUUCGAAAAGGUGCAUGAAUACAUACGUUUGAUCCUCUUCCAAAACCGUGUAUUCUAACUGCUAAUUAUUAGCUGAUUAUGAAAGUAACGGAUUUCAAUUGUUGUGCAAACACAUUAUUUUUUAUGUCUUCAUUUUGUUAUUUGUAUGAUCUCUUGUUUUGUUUUAAUAAACUUUCCUUGCAAUUA